AUGAGGCCAGUAAUUUGUGUUGAUGGAAGUCAUUUGAAGGGCCAAUAUAAGGGAACACUACUAGUAGCUGCAGCGCAAGAUGCUAACCUACAAAUAUAUCCUCUUGCGUGGAGUGUUGUCGAUAGGGAAACAAAUGCAUCGUGGUAUUGGUUCUUUGCAAAGUUGAAAGAUGUCAUUAAUGAUUCAAACCAGCUAGUGUUUGUGUCGGACAGGAAAAAGAGUAUUAAGCAGGCAAUUACGAGGUUGUUCCCACUUUCUCACCACGGUGCCUGCAUCUGGCAUAUCGAGAAAAAUCUUAUUGCAAGGUAUAACAGUAGCAAUGUCAUCUUCUUAUUCAAGCGGGCAGCGCUAGCAUACCACGUAUCGGAAUUUGAUCAGUUUAUGACACAGAUAAGAACCAUUCGACCGUCAAUGGCAUCUUACUUGGAACGUGCUGGUAUAUCCACCUGGUCACGGGCACAUUUUGUUGGUAAUCGGUACAACGUUAUGACGAAUAACAUUGCGGAGUCACUGAAUUCAGUCCUAAGGCGACAAAGAAGUUUCUCUAUAACCUCGUUAAUCGAAGAUAUUAUGUCAUUGAUGCAACGAUGGUUCUACGAGAGAAAAAGUGCAUCCACGAAAUGUAGUACGACUGUGACACCAAAAAUUGAUGAUGAAUUGAGAAAAUCAUUCGACGUCGGUGCAACUUUACCAGUACGAAAUUUGGACGAACUCGUUUUUGAGGUAGGUAUAGCUACCGAACUUUGUACUGUCGACCUUAUAGAAUAUUGGCGAGCUGCGUACAAUGAAGUUAUUCACCCCGUUGGCCGAGAGUCAGAUUGG